UCGCGGGGUUCGAGGAAGCAGUCCAAUCUCAAGGGGUUGUUCUCAAAAGAACUUCGUAACCUUAUGUACGGGUUUGGGGAUGAUCGGAACCCAGCCAAUGACACCGUGAACGUGAUGGAGGAAAUCCUGAUUGAGUAUAUCAUCGACGUUUGUCAAACUGCUCUCGCUCCGACACGCAAGACACGCUUGUCGAUCGAGGACCUACGGCGAGCUCUGUCCAGGCCCGCUGAUGCGAAGAAACUUGCGAGAAUGGAAGAGCUGUUGUUUAUGCAAGAAGACAUCAAGCGUGCUCGGGCA